UACAAAUCAGUGAAUCACUGGGUCUCCUACAUUCGCAAAAUCCCUGCAUUCUCUAAGGGCUGAACCCCUUUUUCCUGUUCCGAUCGUUCUCUCCCAUCCCUAUCUGAUCCAUCAGCGAAAAUGAACGAUGCAGAUGUCUCCAAGCAGAUCCAGCAGAUGGUCAGAUUCAUCCGCCAGGAAGCCGAAGAGAAGGCCAACGAGAUCUCAGUUUCUGCUGAAGAAGAAUUCAAUAUUGAAAAGUUGCAGCUUGUAGAGGCAGAGAAGAAGAAGAUCAGGCAAGAGUAUGAGCGUAAAGAGAAGCAAGUCGAUGUUCGCAAAAAGAUCGAGUAUUCCAUGCAGCUUAAUGCUUCUCGAAUUAAAGUUCUUCAAGCCCAAGAUGAUGUGGUUAAUUCCAUGAAAGAGGCAGCAGGAAAGGAUCUUCUGAAUGUGAGUCGUGAUAAUCAUGUGUACAAAAAGCUUCUGAAUGAUCUGAUAGUUCAGAGUUUGCUCAGACUGAAGGAGCCUUCCGUCCUGCUGCGCUGCCGAAAAGAGGACCUGCAGCUGGUGGAGUCUGUCCUGGCUUCUGCAAAGCAGGAAUAUGCAGAGAAAGUAAAAGUUCAUGCACCAGAAGUCAUAAUUGAUAAAAAUGUCUAUCUUCCACCUGCUCCUAGUCAUCAUAAUGCGCAUGGUCCUUACUGCUCUGGAGGUGUGGUCCUGGCUUCUCGAGAUGGGAAAAUUGUGUGUGAGAAUACCCUUGAUGCACGGUUGGAUGUUGUGUUCCGUAAAAAGCUUCCUGAGAUCCGCAAGAGGCUCUUUGGUCAGGUGGCUGCAUGAGGGGUUGGCUUAGAUCUUGUUUCACCCCGGAUAUUUAUGUCCAGUGGUUAAAGAUCAGAAUCUAUUAUCCAUUAUUUGGUCGUUAUUUUUUUUUCCUAAUAUUCAUGUUUGCAGAAACCCCGUGGUUUCUGAAAUUAGGAAGCUGGUACUUGUUUAGUUCUGGUAAUUUUUAUGGGGCAUGGCAAUGCACCCUUGUUUAAUAAUAAACAAAACAUCUAGUCUUUUGCUCAA